AAUCGUUAUAUUAAACUUGUCCUUUUUUUCCUUUCCUUUUAAUAUCAUGACUUCAUCACCAUUGUUGUUCACAGUGCGGAGGUGCCAACCAGAGUUGGUGCCACCAGUUGCACCCACUCCUCGCGAAGUUAAACUAUUAUCUGAUAUAGAUGAUCAAGAAGGUUUGCGUUUCAAUGUUCCUGUCAUAUUUAUCUAUCGUCGCGAACCAUCAAUGGCAGAGAAAGACCCUAUUAAGGUUCUUAGACAUGCACUCUCACGAACACUUGUGUAUUACUACCCAUUUGCGGGAAGGAUUAGGGAGGGUGCUAGGCGCAAGUUGAUGGUGGAUUGUACUGGUGAGGGUGUCGUGUUCAUUGAAGCUGAAGCUGAUGUAACACUUGAUCAAUUUGGUGAUGCUCUGCAUCCUCCAUUCCCUUGCUUCCAACAACUCUUAUACGAUGUUCCAGGCUCAGAACAUAUUAUUGACCGUCCCAUUCGACUCAUACAGGUCACACGUCUCAAGUGUGGUGGUUUCAUAUUGGCCUUGAGUGUGAACCAUACAAUGGGUGAUGCAGCUGGUUUGAGACAAUUCAUGACUGCAUGGGCAGAAAUGGCUCGAGGAGCAAAUCAACCUUCCAUUCAACCUGUAUGGAAUAGGGAGAUUCUAAUGGCAAGAGACCCUCCAUGUAUUACAUGCAACCAUCGUGAAUACGAACAAAUACUUUCGCCAAAUACCUACAUCAAAGAAGAAGAUACUACUAUCGUAGUCCAUCAAUCUUUCUUCUUCACACCUGCUCACAUAGCUGCGAUUCGUUGCUUGGUUCCAAUUCACCUUCAUCAUUGCACUACAUUUGAUCUUAUCAGUGCAUGUUAUUGGUGCUGCCGCACAAAAGCAUUGCAGAUAGAGCCAGAUGAAGAGGUACGAAUGAUGUGCAUCGUUAAUGCACGUUCCAGGUUUAGUGCUAACCCUUCUUUGUUUAUUGGAUAUUACGGUAAUUGUAUUGCUUUCUCGGCGGCUGUCACCACCGCAAAGGAGCUUUGUGGAAACCAAUUAGGUUAUGCAGUGGAGUUGAUAAGAAAAGCAAAAACUCAAGUUACAGAGGAAUACAUGCAUUCUUUAGCAGAUUGUAUGGUUAUUAAGGAACGAUGUUUAUUUACAACCGGAAGAACUUGUAUGGUGUCAGAUUGGACUCGUGCUAAUUUAUCAGAAGUGAAUUUCGGAUGGGGUGAAACAAUGUAUGGUGGAGUAGUAAAAGGUGGAAUUGGAUCUUAUCUUGGAGGAACCUAUAUUGUCCCGCAUAAGAAUGCAAAAGGAGAAGAAGGGUUAAUAUUUCCAAUUUGCUUGCCCCCUGAAGAUAUGAAGAGGUUUGCUAAAGAGUUAGAUGAUAUGCUUGGUAACCAAAAUUGUCCUACAAUGAGUGGUCCUAGUUUCAUCUUGUCUACCUUAUAGUUUGUAGCUUCAGAUGUUCCAAUAUAUAUAAAUGAUUCAGUGUGACUCAAGUUAAAUAAAGAGCAAUGAUAUUUGAACAACCAUUUGGUACAAUCUUUAUGACAACUUUUUUCUCUCUCUCUCUUCUUAUUAGUCAAAAACAAUGGAGAGAGAAAAAAGAAGAGAGAGAAUAAAAAAAAAUGUGAGUAUGAGAGAGAAAGUUGUACAAAAAUGAUUGUACAAAUAUAAUUUCUCUUAAAUAAAAUUGUGUGUUGUGUGUGCAAUAAUGAAAAGGAAGGAGUUUAAAAAAUUUGAAAAGGAAGGUCUAUUUUUUCAUUUGGGAUGUGGAUAGGGUGUCCAAUAAUCUUUUCUCGUUUGUCUUUUUUUAUUUUUUUAUUUUUUUUAUUUUUAAGGAAAUCUUUUCUCGUUUGGCAUUGUCAAAAUUUAAAAAAUGUAAUAAAAGGAAGUGUAUUUUGUUGUGGCUUUGA